UUGAUGGACUGUAGGCGGAAACUACAUGUUGUAAACUUUGUACGCUGGUCGUAAAGGGCUAGUUUUGGAGGUUUGUUUUUGCAGUUUACAAGCGAACUGAAUCCUGUUUUUCACACAGAAAUAUAUCCGUCCCUAAAUAAACUGCAUUUGUCAGUUUACUGCGAGUUGUCUGUUGAGUUGCGCUAAUGUUUCUUAGCCUAGCAUUUGUGAAGUAAGUUCAGUAUCAGGUAAAGCGAUCUGAUCUAGAAUCUGCUGUAAAUACUCCUUAUCCUCCUCAUACUGCUGUAGUUCUGGUCGCAGGUCAGGGAUGUUAGGGGGAAACGGGGCUGCCAGGGGUACUGGACGUUCCGGUAACGGCCCGGGGUUGACUCAGCUACAGGUGGGCAGCACAUCUGGGGCUUUAGGGGCUGUAAACUCUGCCAUAAACCUGCCCGACGGGGGCCGAUAUGACGACAGGCCGUCUGAUCAUCAGGCUGUGCUGCUCAGCGCCUCCGACGGAGACUCGGACUCUGGGGAUGAAGAAGAGAGUUCAGUGGCGGACAGGAGAGGAGUGAAGCGGGAGAGGAGUGAGAUGGAGGUCGGGUUAUCGUCUGCUGGUGGAGGUCUGUCCGCUGGGUAUGGAGGAGUGUCCGGCGGGGUGGCUGGGGCAAAACCAGGCAAGAAAACGCGUGGACGGGUGAAAAUUAAGAUGGAGUUUAUUGACAACAAGCUGAGGAGAUACACGACAUUUAGCAAGAGGAAAACUGGCAUCAUGAAGAAGGCAUAUGAACUGUCUACCUUAACGGGAACACAAGUUUUGCUCUUGGUUGCCAGCGAGACAGGCCACGUCUAUACGUUUGCCACACGGAAACUUCAGCCCAUGAUUACCAGUGAGAACGGUAAGGCCCUCAUCCAGACCUGCCUAAACUCCCCUGAUUCACCACCCCGCACUGACCCGUCAACAGACCAGCGGAUGAGUGCCACAGGAUUUGAGGAGACUGACCUCACCUACCAGGUGUCAGAGGCGGAUGGUCUCCCAGAGCCAAAGGAAAUGAUGAAGCCAACAUAUACUGCUGCUAGUUUACUUGGAGCCACUAACACCAGCAACACGACCACACAGUCAUCAGCCUCUUCCUCUCCCUCCUCAACCUCAGUCGCCAUGCAGUCUCAGAGCAGCGUCACCUGCUGGCCGGUGACUGCAGGGAUGAACGUUCAAAGCGCCUCCAGUGCAAACGGCACUGUGCUCAAAGCCACGGCCAAUUCUCCCGCUGGAGUCAUGCAGCUGCCUGGAUUCACACUCAUGCCCGGUGCUUCUCUUCCUCCUGGCACACACACUAUCCCUUUAAGUCAGCUGCAGACACACUCUCUGGCCAUACAGUGUCCACAGCCGCAAAACAGCCACACCAUGGCUAGCACCACCUCCGCUGUCUCUGUCUCUGCGCACACACAACCCGUCACACAGACCACGCUCUUCCGCCUGCCGGUCUCGCUUACAGGUGGUGCGAUGUCUCAACAUUUACAAGCCAUCCAGGUUCAUCCCAGUCCUCAAAGUGGUGACAGCAGCCCAGAGAUCAACCAGACCUCCACCACAUCCACUGUAAGUCACACCACUACUAUAGUCACUUCCUCAGUGCCUUCUUCAGUGGCAGGUCACAUGAUGUACCCCGGAGCACAUGCAAGUCUCAUGUAUGCUACAUCCACCGCUGGACUCACUGAUGGGGGUCUAACUGUGUUGAAUAGCUUCCCACAAGCGCCCACUGCAAUGCACGUGUCCCACGCGCCAGGCCAAGACUCAGGUGGAGUUCCUCAGAUGUUUCUCACUGGACCUCCUGGAACUGUACAGAUCCCAGUUUCAGCUGUUCCGCUACAUUCGAGGUCAUGUGUGAACUGGACCCAUUGUUGAAAUCAGCUCAAGCUUUUUGCCAGCCUAAAGUGUCACGAAAAACCCCUUGUUGAGCACCAGUCAUUCACACCUCAGACCGAAAAAAGACUCAUGAAAUGGGCGUGAACACAUGUAAAAAUGUGGGAGGACAGGAGGGGGAUCAAGAUCAAACACACCCAACAAAGUUGGCUGAACAACACAUUAGGAGUGGAGAUGAAAACAAGAGUUAUCAUGGGACAAAAGUGUGAAAGUGAAGAUGAUAGAACAAUCUGUAAAUCUUCAAAUCUGCUUAAAGAUUUGGAUGUUUUGUUCAAACUUUUGAGAAUGAAGUGUGAAAAGCACUCAGAGCCAAUAUUACCAUCAAAAGUGUUUCUGGUUUAAUACAAGUAAACUCUAUUGUCAGCAUUUGUAGCAUAAUGUUAAAUACCACAGCAUACAAUUUUGACUCAUCCCUCUUUCUAAAGAAAAAAGUUGCAUUCAGUAAGCACAUGCAAAGAAAGUAAACGCGUCCAAUACACAACAUUAAAUACAUACUCUUUUUCAAACGUAUAGCCACAAAUAACCAAGCGUAAUUGUGUUAACAUGACUCAAGUGUGAUAUAAUCGCUUACUAAACUGUCUGUGGUUAAGUUAUUCAGCAUUUCAACUCAUUGUCGUGACGACGUAACGCUGGUAAACCAUUUAGGUGUAAACGCCGGACAUUUUCGCACUGUGUAAAGGAUACAAAAAAAGAGCAGACAUGACUUGAGUUUUUGUUUUUCAUCAUUGUCUUAUAUUUUUAAACAAGCCAUCAUGUUAUCCUGUCCAAGAAACGCUCACGCCAGUCCGGUUCUGAAAAGCGACAGUCAACUUUCGUUUCUUAAACCGGAAAGAUGAAAUGGCUCAAAAAACUAACAAAAAAGAACCAAUUUCCCCUUAUUUAUAAACGUAUUGAGUGUUAUAAUUUUUUUCAUUUAUGUGCAUUCUCUGCAUAUCUGUAAACGUCUCAAAAAUGUCCUCUGGGGUUUAAUGACCCUUAAAGGAAUCUUCAGGGUUCAACACAAGUCAAAGGUUAAGUGUGUAAUUUCUGUGCCACUAGCAGCUUCAAAUAGACCACAUUCUGUUCCUUUGAGUGGGCCAAUUGGGUUGGACAUAACAUUAGCUCAACCAAUUACAUACUUUUGUGGUGGGACUAUCUGCUUUCCUAAACAAUGGAAGGAAGGAGUGUUUAAAAACCUUUUUGAAAACCUUUAUUAUUUUGCAACCUUUGUUAAAUGCAUAAUAAUCCAGUUCAUCUAACAGCUGUGUUUCUGUCCUCUCAGAUGUUAAUAAACCAACAGCCCCCUGGUAGCAGCGGUGCCACCCUCACAGAGCUGCGGGUGGUUAAUUUAGACAAUCCAAAGGAGACUGACCCAUAAAUAUGCGACCUGUGUGAACACCCCCUCACACUGAUUUUCCAAGGAUCACCCAUGCCACACAAUCAGACUGCCAUUAUAUUUAUUACUGCCCUCUCGCUGCAUUGGGUUCAAUAAGCCCAUAACAAAUGUCAAUUAUGAGGUGUAAUGGGACAUAUGAGAUGAUUGCAUCUCCUUGUGGACUUGCUUUUGUGGGUAGUGUGAAAAUGGAUCGUAUUGGUGUACGUGUAAACAUACACAUCUAUACUUCAGGAUGAUAUAGAGACGUCUGUACAAUGGCUGCUGGUACUGGGAGUUCACCUUUUGCCCAAAGUCUCAGAUUUUAAAGGGUGGACAUGGCGAAUUUGAUUGUUCAGUUCUGUGAAAAUUCAGUGGUGUUCAUACAUGUUCACCGCACCCUUGACGUCACUUCCACACAUUUUGGGAUCAUUUUUAAGAUCACUGAAUAUUGAGAUCAAAAUAUGAAUUCUUUGAAGAAUUCCUUUUUUGAUGCAAGCUGGCCAUGACUCUUGUAUAUGUGAGGCAGUUAAGUGUAAUUUAAAGGAAUAGUUUCCUCAAAAAUUGUAAUCCUAUCAUCUUUUACUCAUUGUCAUGUUAUUGACUUUACAUUUGAAAACUAUGACUUUCUAUCUUUGGAACAUAAAGGGAGAUGCUUGCGUAGCUCUUACAUAAAAUGAAAAUGAAUGAAGACGGGGGAUAUCGAGCUCCAGAAUGGCUAAAAAAGCACCAUAAAAACAGUCCAUACAACUCGUGCACUAUAUUCUUCUGAAGACAGAUGACCUAAUAUCAAAAUAUGGGCUACUGUUGUGAUACUUUAAUGGUGCUUUUUUUGUUAUUUUUGGAGCUUGACAGCAUCUGUGCAUCCUUGCUUAUUUAUUUUUGUUGUAAGAUCAGUGUGUGCAUUCUUUAAAAUGUAUGUGUAUCAUAUAAAAAAAGUGAGUCAAUUGGGUUUGGGGUGACAAGUGUGAGUAAAUGACAUUUUGCAUUUUUGGGUUUAUUAACUCUGAAAUAUGCUUUAAAAUGUCCACUUGCACCACCAUCAAUACUCACUAGGGGCUACGGUUUGAAUACCGCUUUAAUACGCAUUUUCUAUUCAUGGUUAAAAAUAAAAAAAAAGUGAUUUUGCUCUUUCUUUAUGGCCUUUGUUACUCAAUUAUUACUUAUAAAAUACCUAAAUAUGAUCAGAUCAUUUAAAUGUGCUGCUAUAAUUAAAUGAGUUUGGGUUUAGAAGUCAUCCGUAUUAUAAAAUUGUCAUUCCAUGUUAAUGCUGUGCCAAAUUAUACUGUCUGUUCAUUGUGAGAAUGAAUGUACUUUUUCUGCUCAAAGGCGUCUUCAGGCCUCUUUCCCAAUGCUGUAACAGAAAAACACUGACUUGUGUUUGCACUGCAUGACAAUGACCUAAAGUGAAAUAUUUGGGACUGUGCAAUUGGAUGACUCUCAUGAAAACUGUCAAGAAAUCUUCCUGGUCCUAUUUUACUUUGAAAUCAAAAGAAACAAACAAGAAAUAAUAUUUUGCAUAGUUAUAGGGCCCUUUUUUUUGCAUGGUAAUACUAUUUUCCGUAA